CCUUUUUUUUUCCAAAGGACAAACUUGUUAAACAGGUGGUUAAUGCACAACUUAGGAAUUCUCAGAGUUCCACGUCAUGGGAGGGAUGUCCACGGCCUUUACCCUGGUCAGCUGGGCAGAGUACACACUGACUACUCACCACUUUACAGAAAGGGGCCCUCAUCACCACUGGACCCUCUGAGACUGGAGACCUCCACGGAAGAUCAUCUUUACCAGAGGAGUUUUGACCUGCUGACCCUUGAGGCGCUGGAGCACUCUCACCGUUCGGGCCAGACCGCAGCCCGACCCCAACCUCGAACCACGUACCAGGAGGACUUUGGCCUCCAGUCUCAUUUCUACCCCCCUGAUGAUACAAAAUUCACCCUGCUCUCCCACCCCGGACCUCUGCAGCCACGGACGCUGUGCCUGCCUAGGGGUAUCUUUGAGGAAUGAAAAAUCAUUUCUCCCCUAUACUUCCACCAAAUAAAAAGAAAAGA